AUGAAUUUAUUAAAACUUACCGCCGAUUCCCGAUCACUAGUGCGUUUAGUACAUGAGAACUCGGAUCCUGAAUAUCCUCAGUAUACAAGCUUUUUAUCGAGGCUGAAAACAUUCGAUUCGCACUCGCCUCGAUCGUGUCAAGAUAAAUAUUCGCUGGCCGAAUGUGGUUUCACUUAUUCCGGAACGGGCGACUUGGUUCAAUGUCACUACUGCGGCUUAUUGUUGGGGCAAUGGGAAGAAAAUGAUGAAGUGUGGCAACAACACGCCAUGUACAACUCCAAAUAUGUAUUCGUAUUAUUAUAUAAAGGCAUGGAAUUUAUUGAAAAUGUAAAAAAUGAACUUAAUAACAAGCGUAGUAAUAAUGUCGGCCUUCGAGACUGUAGAUGUAAAUCAGAACCGUAUGAUGUUGGUAAUAAUCGUGAUAAUAGUAAUAGUCGAGCCCAUUUAUGUAAAUCUGAAUCGUACGAUUUUGUCGGGUGA